AUGGGCUUCGGGAGAGUGAAGGGACGACUUGCAAUGAAAGACAGCCAGAAAGAAAAACAAGAGAUUGGAAAUAUCGUCAAACACAUAGGCGAGGAGGACAUGACCGAGAUAGCUCGAGUACAGGAGGAGCUGGACGGUAUAUUUGACAGCGCUGACAGUCCCGUCACCUGGGAAGACGUUCAUCAGUUGAAGUACACGGAGAUGUGUAUCAAGGAGGCGCUGAGGAUAUUCCCACCUGCCCCGUUUAUCUCCAGAAAACUUGAAGAGGAUGUUGUCAUAGAAAACUAUCGUGUUCCGUCCGGCACAACAGUGCAAUUGGUCAUAUACAAAAUUCACCGUGACCCAGCACAGUUUCCAGAUCCAGAGGUGUUUGACCCUGACCGCUUCCUGCCUGAGAACGUUAACAAGCGUCAUCCCUACGCCUACAUCCCCUUCAGCGCUGGACCCAGGAACUGCAUUGGUAAGAUCUAUGCCUCUGAGCGUUAAACAUCUAUACCAAAC